AUGAGUGACAAGACACUAAAAGCUGGCGUGGCUGACAGUUUCCGGAUUGCAGAUGACCUGCUGGCCGAGAAACCCCAUGAGCAGUUUGGGCCACCCAUCCCUCCAAGUCCUUCCCAUUCCCUCCAUCAUCAGCACUUGCCCACACCUCCAGAGCAGUCACCUUUCCUCUGCACAUGUGCGGGUAUCACCACCCGUGGGCAUGGUAACGGAAGAACCACAAAAGAGGGAUCGCGUGUUUUGAAAAACUGGAACCUUGGCUUUUCCCCAAAUAGGUCCUGGCUCCAAAUCCUUGCUACAGCAGGUCAGCACAGAAGUCUUUCUGAGGAUUGCUCCAGCUAUGACAGGAGCAUAGCAAACGGGGCUGAUGGAGCGCAGGGCGCUGAGGGAGAAUACUACGAAGAAACCAUGGAUUUCUCCAAGGAAGGACUCCUGUCCAUGAAAAUCUUACCCGCCAGACCUAUAGAGGACUCCCAAUAUGCAGACACGCGCUGUUUCCGAGAAGUGAUGAGCUCUCCCUUUCCUGCCAGCGCCCAGCCCGAUGCUUCCGCGAGGCAACAGCCGCCCUGGAACCCCUGGACGAGGUCAGAGGAGAAGAUGCCGAUUUUAGCAGAUAUCAGAGAUCUAAAUCUUAAAGGAGAGAGGGAAGCCAGAGGAAUCCAGAAUCCUUUGCCACCUCCUCGGCCUCCAAAUACCCUUCCAAAGAAAUAUCGACCCCUUCCUCCUGAACCAGAAAACAGUCGAGUCAUUCUAAACCAAAGAAAUGAUUUUCUAAAAGACGACAGGAUCCCCAGACAGAUCAGUUUGAAGGAUUUAAACGAUGUGCACCGAGGAGAGAAAGUUCCAGAACAUCCCAAGAAGCCUGUCCUGCCUUGCCAGAAUCAACAUAACCCAAAGGAUCUCUCUGUUCCUGUUGCCAGUGCUCCGUGUACGGUGGCUGACCCAAGUUUCCAAGGCAAAGGGCAGAAAGGAAGCCCGUACCCAGCCUCGUUCCAGAGGUGCCCACAACCAGCAUAUGGCAGCCUUCUUGAGGACAAGCCUUUGCCUAGCACUUUGCAUCAGAAAAAGCCAUGUCACAGCAAAUCCAGCAAAAAGCUCCAGGCUUUCAAGAAGCACGAAUGGUACCUCGGAGAGUGCAGCCGGCAGGAAGUGGAAGCGGCUCUGACCAAGGAGAACGCCGAUGGGACCUUCCUGGUCCGAGAUGGCUCCAAGAAAUCAGUGGCUGAACCCUAUGUUUUGGUGGUGUUUCAUAGGAAAAAAGUAUAUAACAUUAAGAUCCGUUAUCUGGAGGGGAGUCAGCAGUUUGCCCUUGGAACAGGACUCAGAGGAAAUGAUAAAUUCGAUUCAGUAGAAGACAUAAUCGAGUAUCACAAACACUUUCCUAUUGUGCUUAUUGAUGGGAAAGAUCAAACAGGAACCCAUCGAGAACCCUGCUACCUCAAGCAGUCUCUGUCACCCAGCAGAAUCUACUCAUCCUAAGAUGGAAUGAGGUCUUCAUUUUGCCUUUCUUUCAGCAGAUGUGGUAUCCAUGACAUACAGUCUCAUACAGGAGAGUUCAAGACACGGUCAGCUGAUUUCAUUAUGAGUGGAAGAUGGAUACUUCUCCAGUAAAUGCUGGAAAUGUGUGCUCUGAAAAUGUUUCCUUAACUGUUUAUUUAAUAUCCAAGCUGAUAGCUUGCAUUUUAAGAUGAAGAAUGAAAAAUAAUAAUCUAGAAGUCUUAGUUUAGAAAUUUCUAUUGUUUUGGUGAUGCUGAAAUAAAAUGCAGAGUUCAGUAAAAUCGUUGACUGGAUGAUUCAAAGACUAGUAAUAGAAAUCUAAAAGAGAAAACCUCUCAUACGGAUUGGAGAAGCAACCCCUAUGUAGAAGCAUCCAGUGAUCCUCACUUAUUGAUGACACUAUUCAACCUAUGGGGCAAACUCAAGUUAAAAGGCUAGUGGGAGAGACUGGAGAAGAACGUGCCAAGAGUAUCGAGUCCCUGGUUCUGUCUCCCCUCGGAUGGCGAUGAAGGUAGCCCAGAAGUUCAGAGCUAUGAGCCCAGAGAAGAGAAAGACUGAUCAGUCAUCGGCUCUGCUUCAGAAUGGUCCUGCAGCCAGUUCUGAGGAGAGUACCCGGGGUGAAUAAGAGACCCCCAUCCUCAGCCUUCCUAAGGGGAACCAAUUGCCACUGACAAGAAAGUGAGACCAAAAGCCCUGGGAUGGAUUAUUCCCAGUUUACUCUAAAGCCAUCGUCUUGUGGCUCGAAUGCUCUGGAGAUGGGGGCUGAUGAAGGCUUACAGGUCAAUCACCACUGGCCAGUAUCCAUGAAUCAAACUGGAGAACGAACUACUACUUCGGCAGCAAGAGAUUCUGAGGUCCAAACAAGACUUACAAGGUCACAGAUGUCUUCUGAUGGGAUCAAUCUUAUCCAAGGACAACAGUAACUAACUUGUUCUCCACCCAAGUUCCUAGCACUGUCAUAAAUUACAACCUUAAGAAAAGAGAUCACUUUCUCAGGAGAAGUCCCAUUUUAAAAGACACAUUAAUUUGCUCUGAGGAUGCUUAGGAAGACCACUAAAAAAUGGGAGCUCCUUGAGAGCAGGGAUUACCUGGGCUUUUGCAUGUUUAUCUCUGGCACCCAACACAGUAUUUCAUACAGAGCAAACACCUGAUAAAUGGGGUUCCUUUCACUUAUUACAGACUAAGUCCCUGAUUUUAAUUAAUCAUCAGUUUUGUGUUUGGGGUGCGCUUCUUGUACACAGCAUAUUAUUGUGUUUUGCUUUCUAAUCAAUUUUGCCACCAUCCCCCCUCUGUUUUACACAUCCCAGAUGCCUGGGCUCUCUUUUCCAUUUCUGUCUCUGCCUUGAUUAUUCCCCCUGACCUAGAAUGUCCUCUCUCACCAUCUUUCUUUGGAAGAAUCCUUGGUUUUCCUUCAGGGUUCGGCUCAAACUCCAACCCUAAUCUAGAGGUCUCUGCUGAUCUUUCUUAUGUUACGUUUUUCUAAGUCUGUAAUAAGACAUUAAGAACCCAUAAACAAAUGUCAUCAAACCAAAAUAUUCCAUACAUCUUUUAUAGAAUAUAAUGCAAUAAACAUUAUAACCAAUUAAAUAAAAUGUUAACAAAGAACCAGACUUAGUGGCCAAAUGAUUAUACUCUAAGGAAUAAAUUGGUCAAAGAACAAUAAGAAGAAUAAUGAAUAAUUUUAUUAAAGAAAAUAUGGAGACAGCACAUCAUAAUUUGUGGAGCAAAUCUAAAGCCAUCCUUGGAAGAAAUGUUUAUAUUUGAACACUUACAUUAACAAAGAAGAGAAAGAGAAGACCAAUCAGUUGAACAUGAAAUCACAAAAGCAAGAAAAUUGGCUAAACAACCCCAAUAGAAGCACAAAGUACAAAUCCUAAGUGUAAGAUAAAUAUGAAAAUAAAAACUAUAUAACUGACAAGUAAAAAUAAGAACUGAUUUUUUAAAAGACCAAUGAAAUACCAACCAAUCAAUAAGCCCUUUUUAAAUGCCUCCUCAGUGAGGGACCCUGUGCUAUAUAUAGGUAAGGAAUGUGUUCUUGAGGAAUCCACAUUCUAAUGGGGAGACAAGUACACAUGCAAGCAUAUGCAGAACAAAUAGAAACGCAAUGUAAUUAAAUAUCUGGUAGUUGAGAGGACACUAACUCCAGUGAGGAGAUUAUAAAAGGCUGCCUUUAGAAGGUGGCAACUGACUUUCAUCUAGGAGAAAAUGCAGUUCAGCCCUGAGGGAAAUGGAGUACAAAGCCAAGGAAAUGGAGGAUAGAGAACCAUGUCUGAAGAACCCAGAGAAAGCCGAUUUGGUUGGAUCACAGAGCAACGUUCAAUGAUACUGGAAAGGAUGUUAGAGUCCAAAAUGAAAAUGGCCUUAAGACUUCAAUAGAGGAGCUAUAUUUGGUCCUAGAGUCAGCAGGAAAUACUGGAGUUUAUUUCAUGGGAGAGUGACAUCAUCAGAUUUAUGCUUAAGGAAAAUUACUUGGCAAUUGGGUAAAACAAGAAAGACUUAUGGCAGGGAAACCAAUUCAAAAGCUAUUAAAAUAAUCCAAAUAAAGGGUUAUAAUUUGUUGAUGGAGAGCUAUUGUGUGAACCCAGAGAAGUGGGUAAUGAGAUAUGGAAGCAGAAUACACAAAAUUUGGCAAUUGGAUUUGUGGGGUGAAGGAAAAUGAAAAAUUAAGGAAACCCUCAAGAUUAUAAACCUGAAAGUCUAACAGAAGGGUAAUGCCUUGACAGGAAUAGAGAAAUACUGAAGAGGGCUAGGUUUGGGGGUAAAGACAACAAAUUCAAUACUGGAAAUGCUGAAUUGGGAGGGUCUCCAGGAAAUGCAGUUAGAAAAAUCUAAUAGGCAGAUGGUAAUGGAGGACUGAAACUCAAAGAAAUAAUGGAACUGCAUAAAUAGGUCUCCAAAUCUGCUUGAAGAUGUUACUUACAUACAUGGGGAUGAGUUUAUCAGGAGAUUGGGCUCAAAGAAAGAAGAGAAAAGGGCCUGAGCUUCAGAGAAGAAUGAGGCAGUAAAUGGGGAACAGUCAGCAAGUAGAGGGAGAAUCACAAGGGAGGAAACUUACAAAAAUCCAGAAAGAAAAGAAUAUCCAGGGAGAGACAGCUGUCAACAGUGUGCCAGGAAAGAGAGCCAGGUAAGGUCAGGACAAUGGGAGAAUGUGUUUUCUUUUGUUUGACCAGACUGUAUUUGUGACAAAGUUGUGGAGUUUUCUCUUUUCCUUUUAAAAAGGAUUUGCUUUUGUUAUUUGAAAAAUAAAACUAAAUGAUUGUUUUUUA